UUACAUGACGUGCUCGUACUUCUUCCGGGUCUUCUUUCCAGCGUGGUUGUUUUUUUUUAUGUUCUCUUAUAAAAUAAAUUAAUAACAAUAAGAUGAGCUCGCAGAAAGGUAACGUGUCUCGAUUGAGGGGACAGAAGCACCAAAACGCUGUGGCCUUCAAAAACGACAAGUACGGAGCGACGGUGCAAGUAAAGAAGGCAAAGUCUAAGACCCAUGAUGGGCUCUGUCAACACUGCAAGGGCGUGCUUGAGUGGAAAGUGAAGUACAACAAAUACAAGUCACUAACGCAACCCAAAAAAUGUGUCAAGUGUUCUCAGAAGACCGUGAAGGAUGCGUAUCACAUCGUUUGCAAGCCGUGUUCUCUUCAGCUAGAGAUCUGCUGCAAAUGCGGGAAGAAAGAGGAGAUCGUUAUUCCAAUCAACUCACAAGCUGACCAGGAAGAGCAAGAAGAAGAAGAAGAUGGUGGACAGAAAAAGAAAGGACGAGGAAAGAAGGACGUGGAUGACUUGGACAGUGAUGAUGAAGAUUUUGACUUAAGUGACCACGGAGAUGAUGAUGACGACGAAGGAGAGGAUUUGCACAAUGACUUGGAACAAAAGAAAACACAGUCGGACAAGUCGGACGCGCUCCCAGAUGUUUCCAGAGUCAGCUUCAAAGAGUGAAGGCAGCGAGAGGGUUCUUGUACCAAAUGGACUUUUUAGUGUGUGAGUUAGAGAUGUGAGCAUACACAAAUGUACUAAUACGAAUCAUCAAAUGUUGCUGGUUUCAUGCACGACCUGGAGGACCGGUAUGUCAACGCUGAUGCUGAGCUGGUUUGAUGAUUAAGGAAGAUUUCAAAUGGUCGUGUAUCUUUUUUUUUAUUUAAACACUGUUUAUAAAGAUGAAUGCACUGUAUAAUGUGCUGUGUAUUCACAAAUAAUGCUAAUUUGAUAUAUAAAUACAUAUGCUGUACAUAUUUUAAUGUACUGUAAUAAAAAAAAACUAUA